AUGCCGACGGUGGUGGUGAUGGACGUGUCGCUCUCCAUGACACGACCGGUGUCGGUGGAGGGCUCCGAGGAGUACCAGAGGAAACACCUGGCAGUCCACGGCCUGACCAUGCUGUUCGAGCACAUGGCGACUAACUACAAGCUGGAGUUCACGGCCUUGGUAGUGUUUUCCUCGCUCUGGGAGCUGAUGGUGCCUUUCACGAGAGAUUACAACACACUCCAGGAAGCCCUAAGUAACAUGGAUGAUUAUGACAAAACCUGUUUAGAGUCAGCACUCCUGGGGGUUUGCAAUAUUGUCCAGCAGGAAUGGGGUGCAGCAAUUCCUUGCCAGGUUGUCCUUGUCACUGAUGGCUGCUUGGGGAUCGGCAGAGGCUCCCUACGGCACUCCCUGGCUACUCACACCCAGCGAAGCGAAAGCAACAGGUUUCCACUGCCCUUCCCAUUCCCAUCCAAGCUGUAUGUCAUGUGCAUGGCAAAUCUCGAAGAGCUUCAAAGCACAGACUCUUUGGACUGUCUGGAGCGGCUCAUAGACUUAAACAAUGGGGAAGGGCAAAUAUUCACCAUCGAUGGACCCCUUUGCCUGAAGAAUGUGCAGUCAAUGUUUGGUAAGCUAAUAGAUCUGGCUUAUACACCAUUCCAUGCUGUUCUCAAGUGUGGCCACUUAACAUCUGAUGUUCAAGUGUUUCCCAGACCAGAGCCGUUCGUUAUAGAUGAGGAAAUUGACCCCAUUCCUAAAGCAAUUAAUACAGAUCUAGAAAUUGUGGGGUUUGUGGAUAUAGCUGACAUUUCUAGCCCUCCUGUCCUGUCCAGACACUUGGUACUGCCCAUUGCACUUAACAGAGAAGGUGAUGAGGUGGGACCUGGGAUCACAGAUGACACUGAAGAUGAGAAUUCAGCUAAUCAGAUUGCUGGGAAAAUCCCCAAUUUCUGUGUUUUGUUACAUGGCAGCCUGAAAGUGGAAGGCAUGGUGGCUGUCGUCCAGUUGGGGCCAGAGUGGUAUGGAAUGCUCUAUUCGCAAGCUGACAGCAAGAAGAAAUCAAACCUCAUGAUGUCACUCUUCGAGCCUGGUCCUGAGCCCCUGCCAUGGCUAGGGAAGAUGGCACAGCUCGGACCCAUUUCAGAUGCAAAAGAAAAUCCAUAUGGAGAGGAUGACAACAAGAGCCCUUUCCCCUUGCAACCCAAGAACAAGCGCAGUUACGCACAGAAUGUUACUGUGUGGAUUAAACCAAGUGGCCUUCAGACAGAUGUACAGAAGAUCUUGAGAAAUGCAAGGAAGCUUCCUGAAAAAACUCAAACCUUCUAUAAAGAACUUAAUCGUUUACGAAAGGCAGCUCUGGCCUUGGGCUUCCUGGACCUCCUGAAAGGUGUGGCAGACAUGCUGGAGCGGGAGUGCACCCUGCUGCCCGACACGGCUCAUCCUGACGCGGCGUUUCAGCUCACACACGCUGCUCAGCAGCUCAAAGUGGCAAGUACUGGAGCAUCAGAAUAUGCUGCCUAUGAUCAGAACAUUGCUCCACUGCAGACAGACUUUUCCAGUAGCAGCACUGAAAGAAUGUGA